AGUUCGGACAAUGCUGUGUGGCUUUUACUGAGCGCUGUUUAGAGUGAAAUAACUGUGCUUAUUGUCACCUUAAAGUGAUUUUGUUCAUUAUUUGUUUUUAAUAAUUUUGUUUUUCUGAUAAUUCAUAAGUUUUACCGGCAAUGCAUAGUUUUACUGAACUUACGGUGGAGUAAGGUUUUGCCAGUAGGCGCGAACGGCAGGUGCAAACAUAAGUGACUUUUUGGCGUGGUAUUUAACAGAAACUUAUGCGUUAUGGCUGCUAUAACUCCUCGGCGUUCUUCACGGCUUCCUCAUACACAUACGCCAAAAAUGUCGGAGCGAAAGAAGAGUCUCUUUGUGCCAGAAACGCCUCCCAAGCAGGAAUCAUUGACGAAGCAUCGAAGGCUAUCUGUUGUUGAUAGCGAAGGCGAUAGCGAUGACUGUGAUCUAGGCAUCAUCAGUACUCUAGACUCUAGCUCUUGUGAUGAAAAUGAUCCCAGUUUCCCUAAAACACCUGAGAGGUUUCUGUGGCGUGGAACUAGAAGUCACUCUCGUAAGCUUAACCAAACAACAGAUCUGAAGAACUUUAUGAAAUCUCCCUUUACAUUGAAAAAGUACCAAACGCGCUAUUCCUGUCCAGAAAAAUGUCUGUCCUUAUCAACACCUGUUACUCCACACUUUCAGAACCACCCUGGAACUCCAUCAUCUAGUCACUCUUGUACAAGUGUCCAUACAACUUCAUCUACCUCUAGCCGGGCACGAAAAAGCCUGGCCAGUCUUAUUGCUGACACAGAAAGUUGCAGCAGCUCUUUAAAAGACCUAAACUUUGACUCAGAUUCUGGUUCUGACUCUAAAGAGAACACUCCAACAAAAUCCUUAAGACGUUCCAAACGUAGUCUUAAAUUAACACCAAAAUUGCAAAGCUUCAAAGGGGUUUUAUUGGAGCAGAAGAAAAAUGUUACACCAAUCAAAUCUGCGGUAGUUUGUCUAACUAAAAUGGAUUUUAGUAAUAUAUCUCCAUCUCAUAUAAUGAAAACUCCUCAUAAUACUACAGAAACUAAGGCAUCACCACCUAAGCUUGGUCAUCGCAGAUCUGUAAUUGAGGUUCAAGAGAGCCCUGAUUCUGUUUGUGGAAGUGAAAAAAGUUACAAACGAUUAAACUAUGAUGACAAAACUGAUACAGGUCCUGUAUCAAAGUAUCCACGUCUAGAUCCUAGUACUGCUCCCAAAGCUCGUCUCUCUCUAUUUAACAGUGAGCGACUUAAAGAAAUUCUUUCCACAAAAUCAUUCUAUGGCAAACCUAAUCCAGAGCUAAACCCUAUUAUUUCAACAAAAAUAUCUCAUGCUAUACAAGUGACAGCAACUCAUAAGCAUAGACCAUUCCAUCCCCAGUCUAACAGAUACAAAAGAAAGCCUGGCCAAAUUAAUAUGGGCGUAAGACAUAAAAUUAGGAAGCCCAAGCCUUUAAAGAAGCAAACAGUUGUCAAAACCAACUUGAUGGCAAUUAAUAAAUCCUUAGUAUCCAAUAACACUGUAUCAACUAAUAAAGAUGAGUCUAUGAGUCAAGAUACAUCACAGGAAAUGGAGCAUGACAAAACAGAUCCGUUUGAUAAAGAAAAACAGACAAUCGAAGCACUCCUCAGUCAGUGGACCGAAGAGGAAGUGCCUGAAAACGAACUGGUUCAUAUGAAAGAGCUCCCUUGCUUCAACAGCACUAUUAUUGAGGAGACCAACCCAAUAUUUGAACCAGUCAUAGCUGUACCUGUAAACAGUGUGUUACCCCAUGAUGAACCCGUGAUCCUUGAAAUUGGUCAAAAAUUGCCGACAACAGCCCAGUCAGAAGCACCUACAGUUCAGCAAAUUGAUCAGUUGCAAGUCGGUCAAAUGAGUGAUGCAGUAAUGGAAUCUCAUACAGACAGCCAUGGUGUGAUAUCAGAAGGUCUUUUACCAGUUGAAGGUGGCUAUAUUGUUGUUGAUGGAAAUGUUGUUCAUGGUCAGCACGAAAUACCAGAUUUAGAUGAAAUCGAGCAAGAGAUAAAAAUGCUUGAUGAACAAAUACUGAAAUUGGCUGAAUCGAAUAACAUCAAUGCUGAGGCAGUGUUGGCGUCUACUGAAACAAUACCAUCACCGUCAAUACCGGCUGGAACAGAUCAAUCGACGAAGCUCUUCCCAAUCUUCACAAAGCCCAAUCCAGGAAUUUUGACAAAUACGAGUAUAGACGCUCCGGAUAAAAAGAAAAAAUUUAUAAAGACUGGUAUUGAUCAAUAUGUGAUCGAUGCCGGGCAGAAGAAGUUUGGGGCCACGCAGUGCAGCGAGUGUGGCGUUAUAUACCAGAUUGGAGAUCCAUUAGACGAGCAUCAUCAUCUUAUUCACCACAAUGCUACUGAUGUACUUAAAUUUAAUGGUUGGAAAGACGAAUACAUCGUAGAGAAGACACAAACCGGUCGUAUUAUACGCGUUCGAGGUGGUGAUACAGGGUGGAAGAAAGUCCUCUCCGUGCUCAACAGGGUGGUCCACCCACAACUUGGAUACAGCUCGGAUUUGCCAGGAGAAACCCAUGGAUAUACAGCCUAUCUGUAUAUUGAAAAGAAGCAAAUCGUGGGUUGUCUGGUGGUUGAACCCAAAGCCAGAGCUUACAAGUUACUUCCAGGUGAACCCGACUGCUGCAGCAUCGAAGACUAUCCCGUCAAAUGCGGUGUAUCCCGAAUAUGGACCCACUUAAAGUACCGCAGGCGGGGCGUAGCAGUCCGUAUGCUGGAAUGCGCACGCGCAUCUUUCCUCUACGGAAUCGCUCUCACCAGACAGGAAAUCGCCUUUUCUUCUCCUACUCCCUCGGGGAAGGCUUUUGCCACUAAAUAUUGUGGUACCGAAAACUUUUAUGUGUACUUGAACUAAAGUGAAUUAUAUAAGUUAAGUGAACUGAAACAAAAUUGUGAAUAAGUGUGCUAAAAGCAGUAAGUGACUAAGUUAGUUAGUAUAGUUAGUGAAUAGAAACUACGCUAUGUAGAGUUCUACUAGUAGUGUAGACUACUUUGUCAGUCAUUUGAAUACUCAACAAAAUGUUGGAGCUGUUAGAUAGAUCCUAGUAUUUUUUUUUUAGGAAAAAAAUGAUAUGGGGACGUUCAGGUAUUACGUAAGCAUUAUAGGGGGGAUUUUCUUAUUUGGUGAUUACGUCAACAGUAAUUAAUUUACUUAUGUUUGAAAACGAAUUGCAUAUUCGAAGAUUCCUACAAAAAAUGAAUACAUUUAUGUACUAUUAUUUGUGAGAGCUUUGCCUACUUUAGCUGACAAGAGAAAUUGGGAUAAAUUGCAGUAAACAGCCCCUAAGUUAAAAAUGUAAGAACAUCCUAUGGUUUAGCAUUUUGGAUCUUAAGUAUGGUUCUUUGAUUAAAACAAGAUGCUACUUUCCAACCUAGUUUAUAAGGAUAUUGACAAGGUAGUACAUUUUUACACAACACAUUUGUUUCGAUUUUUUUUAUGCUUUAGUGCUAAAUGCAGAAAGUUUUAAUUUCUACCACAUUUGGUUUUACUUUUUGCCAGAAAGGCACUUUUAAUUUUUAUAUAUGGAUUUUUAAUUUCUUGUGUUUGCUUCCUUUGUCUUUUAUAGAAGUUUUUAAUGUAAUAUUUUCUAAUUGUGAUGCAUAUUUGGGACCAAUAUUUUAGUCAUAUUUAUAAGUGCCAAUUUUAUUUGUAAGAUGAAUGUGCCUCGGUUAGGUUAAGUUUUUAUUUAAGAUGUAAUUUUUUACUUGAAAAAGAGCUCAAAUACAUUUUAAAGUUCGUAGAAAUAUUUGUGCAGCUCUCUAAGUGCCAUGUCAUGUGUGUUUAUUGACAGCCUUUUGGUCAGAUUUGGUACAUUUUUUGGAUAGAAAGUUGUUACUUUGAAAAAUAUAUGAUUAGUUUUAAAGCAGGUAAAAUAAAUUGUUUUAAACCGUUAUAAUGUUUAGCUUUUAGUUAAGCAUAUUAUGUGUAGUUGUUAUGUCUAAAAUUAACACUAAAUACGCUUAUUUGUCAUAUAGUACUCGGGCAUUUAGGCUUUAUGGCCCAUACCUUAACUAUUAGUUAGGUUUGUCAUUAAGGACAAUGGACAAAAAAGUUAUUAGUCUGUGAAGAUUUGAAGAACUGUAAUAUUCUUACGUGUAGUUAUUCACUACUCCAGACAAGAAUUUGACUUGAAGGCAUAUUUGGGCCUCACUAUUUAGUAGUGUAUAUUCUUUAGCAAAAUGAUUUAGCGUUUUGUCUUGAAUGUAUAACUGCUUGUUAACUUAAUUUAUCAAUUAUGAAUUAAUUCUAAUAUUGUUUAGUGUUUAAAUAGAUGAACUGUUAAAACAUUUACCAUCAUAAGUAAUAUGCACAAAAAUUUCAAACUUUUGAGGGUAGGUCAUACAUCUACCUUCAAUUUUUUACAAAAUUUAAGUAUGGGUAAAAAUUAAAAAAUGUUUAAUUAUUUCUUUAUUUUGAUAUAGUAGUAUAUCCAAAUACCAAAAUGCAAUGUAGCUCCAGAAGCCGUUCCCUAGAAGAAUUAAAAAAUAAUGUCUAAUUACACUAGAGUGACUAAAGUCCCCUCCAUUUAAAUUGAGUUUGUUAAAGCUGUGUCGGAGAGUUAUGUUGGUGAUUUUUAUAUUACAGUGUAAAUGUAAUACAUUAGUUUUUCUACGGGGUAAUGUAAGUGGGGACCUUUGUGACUUUGGAUACUGUUUUUAUUUACCAUAAGUUUCUGUAAAGCGGGGACGAAUCCAAAGAAAGUGUACCUUUAACAAUGCCAUAGAAAUGUAAAUAAUAUUUAUUUGCGUAGCCUCUGGAUGAUUGAGUCCCUGUUUUUAAGUUUUCACAAAAUAAUUUCGAUUUGAUUUUAAUAAAAGCUAU